AUGACCGUCUGUGCUUUCUUUCAGCAGGGUCGCUGCAAAUUUGGCGACCGCUGCAAGUUCGAGCACCCUGGCCGCAAUACGACCGGUUCGUCGGGGAACCGUUUCGGUGCUCUCGCCGCCGGUGGCUUUGGAAAUGGCAACAUGGCAACAGUCAUGAAUGGAGUUUGCCAUCUCAAGCUUACCCUCACAUUCUACAACCUGAACGCCAGCGACAUCAAGCUCGACCUCACCGUCGGCAAAGGUCGCCCGGAAUGGGUAUUCUCUGCAUACGCGCCUUUGCGGGAUCUUCCACGACAGCUAUUCGGCGGUCCUCAACGAGAGCAGAGCAUGGAAGAGAUGCGUCUUCGUCACUACCAAGCAGCUGCAGCAGGCAACAUGAGCCAGGCCUUACAGGAGGCCCAGGCUCUGUAUGCGGAAUCAGUGAAGCAGAUGGAAGUGGCGUUGAAUGAUACCAAUGGCGCCAUCCAAUACAUCAUUGACGGAGAUAAAGAGCAUCCAAACCGCAUUGACAUCGUCAAUGGGAACACUGGAUCUGAUGCGAAUCAGGCACCAUCUGCUUUCGGCCAAUCACCCGCCCCCGCUCCGACCAAUGCAUUCGGAGGAAGUGCUCCAUCGACGGCCUUUGGCCAACCAUCAGCAUUUGGAGGUAAUUCCUCAUCGACAGCCUUUGGCCAACCAUCAGCACUCGGAGGCAAUUCCUCAUCGCCAGCUUUUGGCCAACCAUCAGCAUUCGGGCAAACUUCUAGCCUCGGCCAGCCGUCUGCCUUCGGACAACCAUCAAGCCUUGGCCAAAAGCCAUCUCCCUUCGGACAGCCCUCAACCAUGGGAGGACAGAGUGCAUUCGGAAAGCCGGCAUUCGGCCAGCCAUCACAACCUGCUAAUAACCAGCCCGCGUUCGGUCAAUCGGCAUUUGGGCAGCCGACGGGCCCAGCACCCUUCGGUGGUACAGCAUCUGCUUCUCCGUUCGGUGCGGUCAACCAGAACGCCAACCCCUCUGCAUUCGGACAGCCAUCAGCCCAGCAACCUGCUGCAGCCGCAGCUCCUUCACCAUUCGGACAGGUAGCUACGCAGCAAGCCGGUGCGCCAUCCGCGUUUGGCCAGCCAUCAGGUACAAGUGGCUUUGGUCAACCAUCCCAAAACCCAGCACCGUUCGGUCAACCUCAGCAGGCUAAACCAAAUCCAUUUGGCCAAGCGCCCGCUGCGACAAACCCAUUUGGAGCCCCGCAACCUGCUGCUGCUCCCUUUGGUCAGCCUGCAGCUCCUCAAGGGUUACCGGUAGCAAAUGUCGAUGCUGGCCCGCCUGCAUUUAUGCAGAUAGAUGACCCCAAUGAAUUGAACCCGCUCCCACGGCUGCAGGGUGAGACCAGACGUGAUCCUGGCUCUAACAGACUCACUGCGUGGAAAGGCCGGCCCGUGCGAUAUGUGAACAACUACCCUUGCUAUGAGCACCCACAGGACCCUAAGACUUUGGUUCGUAUAAACUUCCCUGACGGACCGCCCGAUGCGGCUACUCUCCGUGAUUCUCAAGGGAAAGAGGAGGAGUAUACACCGGAAAUCAUUGAGAUGUAUCAAUUCUUCCUUGCAAAUGGAUACUUCAAAGAUGGCAUUAUCCCGGCGGUGCCACCCAAGAGAGAAUGGAUCAGUUUUGAUUUCUGA